UUUUUGCUUACAACAAAAAUAUCGGAACCAAAGCGAUGCCGUCGACGCAGUCCUUGACCGUCGCAGCGAAGACGCUACGGAAUCGGAUCUUCUCCAGGUCUGGAUCUACAUCCGCCGGUCCGAGUCGGUGGGCGACGCCAGGUCAUGAGGAAAGGCCCAAAGGUUACUUUAUGAACCGGACUCCUCCGGCACCAGGACAGUCGCGGAAAUGGGAAGAUUGGGAGCUUCCUUGUUACAUCACGAGCUUCCUCACAAUUGUUAUCCUGGGCGUCGGGCUCAAUGCGAAACCUGAUCUUUCAAUCGAGACUUGGGCUCAUCAGAAAGCUUUAGAGCGCCUUGAGAUGGAGAAGCUCGCCACCGCUGGAGAUUCGUCCGAUUAAAGCAUCACUGGAAUGCUUGAUUUGGGUAUGUCUUAGUUCCCGGGGAAUUUGAAGAGUUCUUUUUUUACCCGUUUGAUGGCGAUCACGAAGACUGGAGAGUCAGGGUUUCUUCGUUUGGCCCUUGAACUUUUGUUUCAAUUCUCCUUUGUUUUUGUCGAUAAUGAUGAAAUAAGUGUUCUUUUUAACAACUGUUUAGACGCAAUUGCCUUCACUCUCUACUUCUUAUUACAUUUCUCAAAUUUGGUCACUUUUGAUUUUACUCGUUUCUCAGAUGAUUUGAUUCAACUACUGA